CGCUAUCAGACGUAGUACAUGUACAUAGGUAUUCUGUGACUUGCGACCACACGUUGUGAAAAAGUGCAGCCCCAUCCGAUUUCUAAAUUUCGCAAGAAGAAUGAAUCAACCAACUGAGCGCACUAGGCUUUUAAUACCUGUCACUCUACAACCAGAAUAUCCAUUUAAUUCCAGUAUAAGCAGAGAACGCAAAAAGCGUGUUAAGCAGUUCCAAUGUUGCUUAUGCGCUAUGUUUUUGUCAAUAUUUCUCAUUACUAUAGUAAUAACAGUUAUAUAUAGUAUCAACGAGCAAGACAGAACCAAUUCUACAUCCAUCGAAAAUGAAAGUAAUACUUCAACAGAAACGAUAGAAACACCGGUUAUAUCAUUAUUUUCUGCAACUGUUCCACUAGAAGAUGUCAAUGAAGAAAAGAAAACAUUGGGCAAUGUAGAUCUCUGGAACGAAGCUAUUGAAGAAGGAAGGAAAGAGUUAGAGCAAAAAGAUGAGAUCGAAAAAGAGGUUCCUUCUUUGAAUAUGCAGAGUCCCAGUUACAGACAUCAAAGAGUCACUGCUACACAUGAAAAAGGGAGACGUUUGUCCAGAAUUGGAUUUGUGGAAGAGUACGCAACGAGAUAUAUACACAGAAAUAAAACGGAUAAUAAACCUGUAGAAGUUAUAUGUGAGGAUACACUAAUAUCAACAAAUAAACUAUGCGAAGAUACCAGAAUAGAAUGCAACAAAUUUCACAAAUAUCGCUCUUUUAAUGGUUCGUGUAAUAAUUUAAAGAAACCACAGGAAUAUGGGGUUGCCUUUAGGCGCUUUAGAAGAAUGUUACCUCCAGAUUAUGCUGACGGCAUUAGCAGACCAAGAGUGUCUAAAUCUGGACGACCUCUACCUUCAUCUAGAACAGUCAGUCUGAUAGUCCAUAGACCGUACUAUAGAGACGACCCAAAAUUUUCUGUAAUGCUGGCUGUGUGGGGUCAAUUUUUAGACCACGACAUUACAGCUACAGCUUUGAGCCAGAAAGCAAAUGGAAGUACCAUCUCCUGUUGCGAUUAUAAUGUAUUCACAUCGCCAGAGUGUUUUCCAGUGCAAUUGGACGAAGAAGAUCCUUUUAGAGAAUAUAACGUCAGCUGUAUAGAAUUCGUCAGAUCAGCUCCAGCACCAACUUGUUGUCUUGGAUCAAGAGAACAAUUAAACCAGGUCACAGCGUUCAUCGACGGAUCUGCUAUUUAUAGCGCUGAUGAAGAUUUCGCAAAGAAACUGAGAGAUUCCACUAAAGGUACCAUGAAGGUACUGGUUACAGAAGAUGGACGAGAUCUCUUACCGAUAUCUGAAGAUGUUAAUGAUGGAUGCAAUCGGGAAGAAGAAAGAUUGGAAGGCAAAUAUUGUUUUACCACAGGUGAUGCUAGAGCAAACGAAAAUGUUCAUCUAACCACCAUGCAUUUGCUGUGGGUACGUCAACACAACAACAUAGCCCAAAAUUUGUCAAAAAUUAACACUCAUUGGGACGAUGAGACCAUUUUUCAAGAGACACGAAGAAUAGUAGCGGCCCAAAUGCAACAUAUAACAUAUAAUGAAUUUCUACCAAUUCUAUUAGGCCACAACCUAAUGCGAAAAUAUGACUUACUUCCACUCAAACGGGGGUAUUCCAAAAAAUAUAACGACAGCUUAAAUCCUAACAUCGCGAAUAAUUUCGCUACUGCUGCAUUUAGAUUCGCUCAUUCCAUCAUUCCAGGGUUGAUGAAACUCCUUGCAAAUGAUACGUCGUCUCCGGAAUAUGUACAAAUGCAUAAGAUGCUGUUUAAUCCUUUUGGAUUGUAUAACCAAGGAGAAAUGGAUAGAACACUAAAGGGAGCUAUGAAUACAACUAUUGAAGCUAGUGAUUCAUAUUUCACUAAUGAGCUAAAGUCGCACAUGUUUGAAAGAACAGUUGAACAACUCAAGCAACCAAAACUAUGUGGUCUGGAUUUGGUAUCUCUCAACGUUCAAAGGGGUAGAGACCACGGUUUGCCGGGUUACACAAAAUGGAGAAAGCUUUGUGGAUUAAAGACACCUAAAGAUUUUAAUGAUCUGGAAGAUUAUGUGGACCCAAAUGCAUUGCAUAAUAUGGAAGCCAUUUACAAUGACGUAGAUGACAUAGACCUUUAUACAGGAGCCUUAAGUGAGAAGCCAUUAAAAGGCAGUAUACUGGGACCUACAAUAACAUGUUUACUAUUAGACCAGUUUUUCAGAUUAAAGCAUGGAGAUAGGUUCUGGUACGAGGUUCCCAAGAAGCCUCAAGCCUUUACUUCCGAACAAUUAGACGAAAUUCGAAAAACUACUUUAGCUACUAUCAUCUGUGACAACGCUGACAAUUUAAAAACAGUACAAGAAAAAGUUAUGGAACGAGUGGGUCCUAAUAAUAAAUACAUUGAUUGUUCUGAUGUGAAUAGACCAAACUUUGAAUUAUGGAAGGAAACCUUGCAGCAUGUAGAAAUGGGUACAGACGAAAUUAAGAUAUUAGUUAAAAAUUAACUUGAAUGAAGAAGUUUUUUAUAUGUAUGAUGUCUUUAAUAAAUAAAUAAAAUAAUGUUGUGA